GAGGGAAUGACAGAUAUUGUAAUAGAUGACUAUCGAUUUUUACAACAACAUGGACAUAAUGGUAAAGGUGGUGAAUAUAUUCAUAUUGGAUGGUUAUUAGCAUGUACGGUAGCUUAUGCUGAAAAGAUCUUAAUAAAUCCACCCAAAGAUUUAUCAGAAAGGGUAUUAGCUCAUAUUAAAAAAGAUUUGAAGAAGUCCCACUUACGCCAGUACUUAUAUG